AUGCCCUUCAGUGGACAUAUAUCAGUUUGCGGCGAAAUUUGUAAUCAGCAGAUCUGUGUGCUGUGUCUAGAAACAGAUAAAAAGCAAGAGGUUGUCGACCUCGUCAUGCAACGGCGACUCGAUGAAUUAGACCUUAGCUCCGAUGACAUUUCGGAAAGGCUAAUUACGCUCAAAUGUGGUCACAUCUUCACCGUGGAAACCCUAGACGGGGUUUGCAGAAUGGCUGAUUUCUACGAAGUGAGCAAUGACGGAACAUACAUUCGAACCAAAGCUCCUCCUGUGGAAUAUCAAACACCACCCACUUGUCCACAGUGCCGAAGUUCUAUUACUGCUCUCCGUUAUGGCAGAGUCGUCAAACGCUCUAUGCUUGACAUCCUCGAGCAGAAUGUGGCGAGCAAUAUGUCGCGUGAUUUGGAGCUUCUUGGACCACACCUGGAACAUGUUUCGAAGUCAUUGGAGACAUUCAAAGAGAGAGCGAAAACCAUAACCCCUGAUACCACUAAUCUUGGCACUAUCUCACAAGCUCGAAAAACUGACGCGAUUGAGAAGCAAGAACCGAUUUCAAAAGCCUUGCUUGAUCUUAAUGCCAUGAAUUCAAUACAUGGCCUGUCCCCGCAAGAGACUAGAAUUUGGAACACGAUUGUAAAACCAAUUCUGGAUGCAUAUUCAAGGGCUCACAGCAUAGCAACGACCCAAGGAGCACAUGUCAAGGCAUAUGAAGGGGCAUUUUCAACAUUGUAUCGCCUUGAGCUCGAUACCUUGAUCAAUGAUCCUUCCGUAGUAACCGAUGCUCCAGAGCCAAUGGCUUUGCGCGCUGUGCAGAUGAACAUUGGUCAACCCCCUCCUACAGCCGAUAGUCGUUUCCAAAUUGAGGCGUACAUUCAUACCCUUGAAUUACGUUUUAUGCUUGCCCAAGUCGGCCUUGCGCGUCUCGAUGGUUUGAACCCAGCUGCGACGGACGAACUUUCCAGCAAAGAAAAAAGACAUUGGAAGGAGUUCAUUGGGUUCAUAUAUGAGACAUGUGUGGCUGACUCUAGAAAAGCUUUAGCUAUUGCGGAGAAGUCUUCAGCAUCUCGGAGAGCUGCGACAUCCAAGGUUUUCAUGAUAAGAUCUGACUUCGAAAGAAUACGGUUUCAGACAACAAUCGGGAUGAAGUCUCUUAAGGUAUCCGACCCCACGUUUGCAGAGGAUCGUGAGCGUAUAGCCCAACAGGUCUCCGACACAAGAACUAGCGUGGAGAAGCAACUGCUUGAAUACGAAAGGGAGUAUAUCAGAAGCCGACCUACUGGGAACAAUAUACGGAAGUUGAAUGAAGAGAGGAACUGGUUCAAGGAAAACUGCGCAAUAAAGGUCCAGCGGUUUAUCGAUGAAUUGAAUGAUUUGGAAGCAUGGGUCAAAAACGGGACAGUGUAUGAGCCGCUUUCACACAACGAAAUGGAAGAUAUCGUAAAAGCCUUUAAGGGCAAAUUUUGUGAGUACCCAGCAACAUUCAACAUACUUUGCGCUGAAAUGCUCCACAAUCUUUAG